UCGCUGCACGGGAUAUGCAAAAUCUGGUUUAAACCGGUUUCUAUCUUAAAUUUCAAUAUAAAAACUUAAUAAAACAUAUACAGCCGUUAUUGUAUUUUACGCGAGGCGCUGUGAGGCGUGCGGUGUGUCGUUGCUCGGGAGCACAACCUUUAAACAAAUAUUCUGUUUUUUUGACAUUUUUUCGGGGUUUUCUGCAGCCAAGAUGCCCAAAAGAAAGAUUGACGGUGAGAAGGCCGCCAAAGGCAAGGAGGAGCCAACAAGACGCUCUGCAAGGUUGUCUGCUAAGCCAGCUCCUCCUAAACCAGAACCAAAGGCCAAAAAAGCCGCCCCCAAGAAGGCAGCCAAGGGGAAGAAGGGCAACCCUGCUGAAAACGGAGACGCCAAGGCAGACCAGGCACAGAAGGUUGACGCUGCUGGCGACGCCAAAUGAGAAGCUAACGAGUGUCUGAUCCUUCUAUGUACUUGGUGACUGUACAGUUUGAAAUAACUAUUUUUUACCAAGUUUUAUAUUAAGAAUAACAUUUAUAGUUGACUUGUUGACUUGCUUUUUAUGUACUGAUUGAUUUGACAGGAGUUACUAUAUUUCAUUCAUAUCCAUUUGUAUCCCAUUUUUUUGAAUCAAGUCGUCUGUAUCUUUGCCAAAACGGUUUGCCUUCGCUAAAUCUGUUGGCAAAAAAAAAAAAAAAAAAAAAAAGCAAGUGCAUUGUCCUAAAGUUUUGUUUUACUGCUCUAUCUAUCUUUCUUUCUUUCUUGGUUUAUCUUUGGAUUUUAAACACCAAACAUUCUCAAAAGGCAGCUUAAGAGUGUUUGUAAAACGUUUUCGGAAGGCUUUUCACCAUGUCGUUAGCAUUUAAACGUACAAAUACUGUGUUUUCGUUUUUAUUUUUUUAAAAGAAGUUACAAUGAAAUUGUCACGAGGAGAAAAAAAAAAAAAAAGUAAAUAAGGCAACAAUGUUGAAUAAAUUUACAAUGUGAACCUUCGAUUUCUUUAGAGCUGUGUGUUCUGAGCUUGUCUUGUUUUAUUAAGUUAUGUUCUGCAACCGUGGAAGGAUAUUCAGUGACUCUUAAAAUGCUUUGUUUUAAAUGGUUUUGAAUAAAAAAAUAAAUAAACUGUCCAGAAAAAAAAAAA